AUGAGAUCGAGACCUACGAAGUCUACAGUUGGCCGAAAUAAUGAUCUGCAAGACGGAGGGAAUAGGCAUGAACGGCCCUCCCCGAAUGACUCCGCCAUGUCAGACAACGUUGAUGUUAACGCCAAGUUCCUGGAACUUUUCAAGCACCGCCACGCAGAGUCAAAGGGAUGUGAGUUCAAUCACAUUAUGACUUCGAUGGGAGACCGGAACGACCUCUCCUUCACUGCUAUUCAGAACGCCUAUCGCCAAUUUGCCAAGAACGCGUCAGAACGCAGAGUUCUAGGUAAUAAAUCGCCGGACACUCGAUCGAUGGAGGAGAGACUCAUGUGCGGCAUGGGGGGAUUCCAAAAGUCACCGAAGGAUAUGGUUAGUACAGGUCGGGAAGGGGACAGCGACUGCACCAAAUCUCCCACAAAUCUUCACCUUCACAAACAGAUGGAAAACACAUCAGCCACAUGCACUGAGCCCAGUUCUGACCCCACGGAAACCACUGGAUUGCCCCGUCUAGAGACCGACAAAUUGGACUGCAACAGAGACGCCGAUACCAGUUACAGUGUUCGACGGAACCCUCAAGAUUCACCUUUAGCGACCAUGCAGCUGUCACCAGAAAUCCGCAUAAGCACCCAGUCUGGAAAGCAGCUCGGCCUGCCAGGGAACACCCUUGUCGUGUGCAUGGAGGUGAACGGCAUCAUCUACCAGGGCGUCCUAUUUGGCCAAACGAGGUCCUCCUAA